ACAGCAUUCUUUUUUUCUUGUAACACAUGAGACCAAGUGCCACGGCUAUUUAAAUCUGGCUUUUUCAUCGCGUUUUUAAAGUACACAAACAUCCAUUCUUUUGUCUUUCCUGUUCGUUUCGAUUUAACUUCCACUAUCACCAAUGAAAAUUUCAGUGGGAGCUUUGGCAACUUUGUUGCUUGGAUCUUUGGCCACGUUUGCCACCGCAGAUGAAUACGCAGAUGCUACCAAAAAGUGGUGCCAAGGGUUGGCGGUCACAACACCUACAUCUAGUACCGUCAUUGUUGCAGGCAAGAAUGCCAAGAUCACUGUCACCAGAGUACCUGAUGCGCAUCCCAAAUCUGUCACGGGUCUUGAUCUUUAUGCGGUCGACAAAAAAGGCAAUGCCAGAUACGUGCAGAACGUGUGGGCCGGUAAUUAUACAUUGAACACCAAAGCUUCGAUCACCGACCAGAUUCCUAAAAAUGUCAAGGCUGGUUUGUACUACUAUCGCGUUUGGAUCAGCAAUCAGAUCAAUGGCAUGCAUGGUCCCGACUGCAUCAAAACAUCGCACACAUUCAAAGUAACCUCAGCCGCUCGUCAACAUGUCGACGGCACUAUCUCGUACGCUGAAUCGCUGGAUGACGAAGAUAUUUACAAUCCCGAACAUUUCAAAGGAUGCUUUGACCUGACCAUUGACAAUCCUCCGGCCGGGGCUUCAUACAAACAAGGCGAUCAUAUCCGUGUGACGGGCCAUCGCGAAACGCCUUCCGAGACGGAAGCAUUGAUGAAAGUGAAUAUGUACAAGGUGGUUGGAAACAAUGCUCCCGAGUUCGUUUAUACUGCUUGGGAAGGCAAUGAGCACUUUAUCGAUUCCAUCAGUCUGAAGGACCACUUGAUGUUGUCCGAGGGCCAGCAUUCCCCCGAUGCAUCAUACUUUUACACAUUCGAGGUCAGUUCGGAUAAGGCUGAGAACGGUGAUACAUGCUCUUUCCAAUCCAAUCAGUUCAAGAUUUCUCAGUAAACAAGCAGUAAAAUAACUACAAUUAAGAUCUUGUCUGUUAUUUU